CACACUGUAGACCUUUCCGCUCGCCUGCAGGCGUUCCUCCUCUGCGCCUGUCAUAUGAUCAGCUUCCCGUUUGUUUGUGUUCAUGCUGCAAGCUAACCGCUUCCCACUAUGAAACCUCCUCAUCUGUGUCCAAACUGAACUUGUAAUCCACACCGAUCCCACCUCAAUAACCCAAACAUCCUACAGAGUCCCCACAGACAGAUCAGAGGGAUUUAAAGCUUUAAAAACAGGGUUAUAAUGUCGAUCGAGUACGAGGAGCAGCUAGCCGGAAGCCUGGUGGACUCUUUCCCUAAAGAUUUCGGCUACGGCGUGGAAAACAUGGAUAUGAUGCAGGAAAACUUGGAAAACUCGCCGUCUGCAGACAAUAAACCCAGAAUCCUGCUGAUGGGACUGAGGCGUAGCGGGAAAUCCUCCAUCCAGAAGGUGGUGUUUCAUAAGAUGUCCCCGAAUGAGACGCUCUUCCUGGAGAGCACCAACAAGAUCUACAAGGACGACAUCUCUGGCAGUUCCUUCGUGAACUUUCACAUAUGGGACUUUCCGGGGCAGGUGGACUUUUUCGACCCCACAUUCGAUUACGAGAUGAUUUUCAGGGGCACCGGCGCGCUGAUUUUCGUCAUUGAUGCUCAGGAUGACUAUGUAGAAGCAUUAGGCCGGCUACAUCUGACAGUGUCGCGGGCAUUCAGGGUGAACCCGGAGAUCAAUUUUGAGGUGUUUAUACACAAGGUGGACGGUUUAUCGGAUGAUCAUAAGAUAGAGACGCAGAGAGACAUUCAUCAGAGGGCUAAUGAUGAUCUAGCUGACGCCAGUCUGGAAAAGCUUCACCUCAGAUUGAAUGUUUUUAGCCUAAAAGACGACGGCAAUGGUAACGCUUAUGAUAAAGAGUCUCUGGCCAUCAUAAAGCUGAACAACACCACAGUGCUUUACCUGAAGGAGGUCACCAAGUUCCUGGCUCUGGUCUGCAUCCUGAGAGAAGAGAGCUUUGAGAGAAAAGGUUUGAUAGACUACAACUUCCACUGCUUUCGAAAGGCCAUCCACGAGGUAUUCGAGGUGAGCAGCUCCACCCAGAGGACAGGAGCGGCGGUGCAGUCCAGCCCACCCAGCAGCAGCGGUAACGGCAACGGCCUGGCCCGACUCAAAUCCACAGCGCUGAACGGUACACCCAGGAGCCUGGUUUAACCCAGGACACACGGACCUCUAAGAACACAGGGCCUUCACACUAGUGCGCUGAACGUGCUCCAACGUACACGUGAGAUUACUGGAGCGUUUCUCUAGUUAUACCUGCUGUUCCAGGGCCUGAGAGACACUUCAGGACACUCAUACAGGACAGACUACAUUGCUGCUUUUUUGUGAUAUUUUGAUGUGUGUGUGUGUGUGUGUGUGUGUGUGAGAGAGAGAGAGAUUGUGUGCAAGCACAGCAUCAGCUGUUAUAGUGGGGGAAAUGGGAAAUCUUUAGUUUAGCCAACAGAAUGAGGCACAAUGAAAUGAUCUAGAAUUGUCACACUGAGGAAAUACAAUCUCACAACCAGUGAGCUGCCUAUCAUUUUUAUAUCAUUAUGUGUUUAUGGUGGCCAAAAGUGUUGUCUAGGUAAGACACUCUCUCUAAGUUUCGAGGCACAACCCACUUUUCAGAGGUUUGAGGGUGAAUUUUACAACAACAACAAAAAAACAUGUUCAAGUGACAUUUCACAAACCAAUCAAAAUGAAAAAUUGCUUAAAUUAUGCCUGUUUUUAGGUGCAUUCAAAUGUUUUCAUUGUGAUAAAACACAUUUUACCCAAAUUCUCAUCGCCGUCAAUAAGUCAGAACAUUUUACUAUUUAAUUUUAUUAUUAUUUUUUGUAAUUCCCA